ACCACAGCGGCGGUUGCGGCUCACAACGGAGCAGCGGCAGCGGCGCGGCCGGGCUGGAGAAUCCACCCAGUUUGGUGGGAUCCAUGGAGAAGGUGCUAGGAGCAGAGAGUGAGGAGCAGCUGACAGCCAAUCUAGACCUUCCCAUGGAUCAGAGGGAAACCAGAACGUUGGUGAUGAAGAGGAAGGUGCUGAGGCACGGACCCAAUGGAAGGGUGGAGGUUUUUGAUGAGUCACGGAACGCCAAGCCACAGAGCCUGGGGCAUUACAGCGCUGUCGAGGACGGCACCAUCUCCCAAGGGGAAAUAGACACCAGCAGCAGCACCCUGGAGCACUACCUGAACUACGACUCUGAUGACCUUGGGGACGACCCCUACUCUCUGAUCGGAGAUUUUGGGAGCGACACUAUAUCCGAGUACCCCAUUCCGGGGCGAGCUCCCACGAACUACAUUGCUCCACAGGCUGCUAGAGCCAAGAGAACUGACCCAGUGGCCAAACUUAACGGAUAUAAACAAGACUGGGAAAGAUUCAGCGUUCCCGGGCAGGAUGCGCAUCAGAGCUUGCGCUGGGCCGUGCGGAGGCAGAUGCUGCAGCCGGGGCUGCCGCGCCAGGUGCAGAAGCGCCUCGUCCCCAACACCUACGAGGUGCCCACCAUGAAGAAACGCGACUCCCUGCGCUUCGGUGUGCGCUGGGACCUGGCUCACAGGCUCAUGCCCCGCCGGAACAGCUCCUCCUAAAGCCCCAGCCCUGCUGCUUUCUCCUCCUCAACAUCCUCCAUAGUCGGGAAAAUCCCCGUGAUGUACUUCAAGCAGGUUAAGUUUUGGUGUGGAGGAGGUUUUCUUUGCAACGUCUCGGCAAUAUCUUCUUUCCCCAAUAAAGCAUCUGCAAAGAUUCCUUAUUCUGUGGGUUCAUUAGAAACUCUCCAGGCAACAUCCAUUAUUCCAGACUUAUCUCUGCAUCACCUAACUCUGCUGCCUUUGCCUUAUUUUACCUCAUCUUUAAAAUAAAGGAGCUUUAGGAUGGAAGCAAGGUAUUAUUAGUACUACUAGUAGUGUUAUUACUAUUAUUAGUGUUAUUUUUUUCCCAGAUAUGGGAAUGGACUGAAAAGGCGGCA